UUCCGGUUGACCCGUAACGUUCCACCCCGUGACUCCGGUUGCCUAGGAGAGGCCGCGGGGCUCUGCGGUUGCCAUGGCGACCGGUCAACAGCCAGGGGAAGUGCCUGCGCGGAGCCGGGAGAGGGGCGGCCGCGGGGAAUAAUGCCGGCCACCAUGUCUGGCUCAAUGAGCGCUUCAUCCAGUGCAUCCAACAGGUCCAGGGCCCGCACUCGUUACAGAACCAAGGCCGUGAACUCAGAGGUCGACGAGAGCCUGUUUGGAAUUGCCAAGAACCUGCAGCGAUCAUGCUCUGGCAGCCCCCUAGUGAUCCUACGGGAUGUGCAGACUGUCCAGAAAUCACCCUCUGCCUGUGGCUGGGGCCACAAACCUGAGACCAUCCGCCUCAUCACCAGGGACCUCAUCCGUGAUCUCAUUGUUCCUGCAGAGGACCCGUCGGGAGAAUCCCUCAUUAUGAGCCCAGAGGAUUUCCACCGCAUUAAGACAGCAUCCCGAGUCCUGACCAAGGAGGAGCGCGAGGCCAGCAUAGCAGCCCUCAAGGCAGAGAAGGAAGCUGUUAUAGCCGGGGUGAAUGAGCGCAAGAACACCAUGAAGCAGAAGGGGAUAGUGCAGAAGAAGAAGGAGAAGCUGAGCGACCUGGAGGAGGAGGCCAAGGAGCGAGCCCAGUACCUGCUGCAGCGGGCCAACAGGAUGCGCAUGGAGCAGGAGGACGAGGUCAAGGAGCUCAGUGAGUUGAUCCUGAAUGCAAAGUGCCAGGCGAUCCGCGAUGCACAGAUGCUGGAGAAGCAGCUGAUUGAAAAGGAGCUGGAGGAGGAGGAGAAGCGCCUGGACCAGAUGAUGGAGGUGGAGAGGCAGAAAGCCACCAAGAUGCAGGAGGAGCUGGAGCAGAAGAGGAAACAGGAGCUGAUCAGAGGGAGGCAACAUCUCAUCAAGCAGAUAGAGAAGAACCAGCAGGAGAGGGCUAUGAAGGCAGAGCAGCGGGAUCAGGAGGCCCAGGAGAUGCUGGAUUAUCUGGAGCAGCUGCAGAUGGAAGACCUGAGGGACAUGGAGCACAGACAUGAGCAGAAGAUGAACAUUCAGGCUGAGAUUAAAUGUAUCAAUGAUGAAAACCAGCAGCGUAAGGAGGAGCAGCUGGCACGGGAGAGGAUGGCUGACCAGCGGGUGCUGGAGUACCAGAAGCAGAAAAUGGCACGGGAAGCAGAGUUCGAGGCUGAACAGGAGAAGAUCCGUCGGGAGAAGGAGAUGGAGACGGCGCGUCUGAGGGCAUUGCAGGAAAAGGCCCAGGAUUACCAAGCAGAGCAGGACGCGCUGAGGGCCAAGCGGAACCAAGAGGCCACCGAGCGAGAGUGGCGCCGGAAGGAGAAGGAAGCUGCGCAGAGGAAGGCGGAGACUGAGGCCAUGCUGAAGAAGAGUCGGCUGGAGCAGAUAGCCCACAAGGAGCACAGCCUGGCUGUGCAGGUGCAGCGGGACCGCAAUGAGUUCGAGAGGAUCCUCAGAGCCCAGCGGGAUCAGAUUGAAAAGGAGCGGAAGGAGCAGGAGCGGCGCGCAGCCCUGCAUCUGAACCACGCCGACCAGGUGCGGCGCCAGGUGCGCGAGCACCAGCAGAAGCAGGUGCAGGAGCGAAUCGCUACCUUCGAGGAGGGCAAGCGGCUGAAGGAAGAGGCACGCCGGCGCAGUGAGCGCAUCAGUGAGAUCAAGAGGAAGAAGAUGGAGGAGCUCAGAGCUGCCGGCCUGCCUGAGAAGUACUGUGCCCAGGUAGAGCGCCGAGGCCUUGUUGAGCCAGCCUCUGUGCACUGAGGGUCUCCAAGGCAGCAUAGCCCAGCCCAACCUGGCUGCACCGCAUGGCAAGGAAUCGCAGCCCAGCCUCACUAGGGGCCUAGAUUGUAUAUUUUGUUAGUUUCUGAGAGUGUUUUAUGAAUAGAGAUAUUUAUGGAGGA